AUGGAAGACGACAAAACUGAAUCCCAUGUGACGGAGGAUUCGGAAGGUUCUGGUAUGGACAGCGAUGAUCCUCUCACAGCGACCGAUACCAAAUAUGGUAAAAGUUUUAGACAUUUCACGAGAGAAGCUCUACCGAGGCUGGACAACUACAGGAACGUAUUAUCGCUACAUGCGGCCCCUCGACCGACGUUGGAUGAGCUGCAUAACGCCUCACUAUCUAGGAAGCCAGGUCAAACUUUAGAGAAAGAUAUGGCUGACAGGACGAUGGAAAGUCCAAACAUGAAAUUUGGAUGGAUAAAAGGUGUGCUGAUGCGGUGCCUUCUCAACAUAUGGGGUGUGAUGCUGUUCCUCAGGCUGUCGUGGGUUGUUGGACAAGCUGGAGUGGCGCAGUCAAUGCUCCUGAUCCUCACAACAUCCGUGGUGACCACCAUCACAGCGCUCUCCAUGUCCGCCAUCAGCACCAACGGAGUUAUUAAAGGAGGAGGCACAUACUACAUGAUAUCACGGUCUCUGGGCCCCGAGUUCGGUGGCUCUAUCGGCCUGAUAUUCUCAAUGGCGAACGCUGUAGCGUGUGCUAUGUAUGUUGUUGGGUUCGGAGAGUCACUCAUCACCCUUAUACCGGACACGGCUUUAAUGAUUAGCAAGAGUUGGGACCAGGCCAUAUACGGCUGUAUAACAAUAGUACUUCUCACCGGUAUAGUUAUAGUCGGAAUGGAGUGGGAAGCUAAGGCACAGAUAGUCCUGCUGAUCGUACUGCUAGCGGCGAUAGCAGACUUCUGCAUAGGAACCAUCAUCGGGCCCAAGAGUGACGUAGAAAUUGCGCAGGGGUUCAUCGGUUAUAAUAUGACGGUCCUUCACAAUAACAUGGGUCCUGACUAUAGGCUGUUUGAGGGAGUUGAACACAAUUUCUUCUCUGUGUUUUCUAUAUUUUUCCCGGCAGCGACUGGGAUAUUGGCUGGAGCUAACAUUUCUGGAGACUUGAAAGACCCCUCAAAAUCGAUACCAAAAGGCACUCUUCUAGCGAUCUUCCUGACGACCCUCUCGUACCUGCUCAUCGCGUUGCUGGCCGGCUGGACGGUUCUGCGGGACGCGUCCGGGGACGUGGCGGAUAUCGCCAACUUCACCAUCUCCGACUGUGCCCUCAACGGCACUUGUCUGUAUGGCCUGCAGAAUAGCAAUGAUGUGAUCCGUCUGGUGUCGGGCUUCGGUCCGCUGAUCUACGGCGGCUGCUUCGCCGCCACGCUCUCCUCCGCGCUCGCCUCGCUCGUCAGCGCGCCCAAGGUGUUCCAGGCGCUGUGUCAAGACAAGCUGUACCCGUACCUGGAGUUCUUCGCGAAGGGCUACGGGCCCAACAACGAGCCCGUGCGCGGGUACGUGCUGACCUUCGUCAUCGCGCUCGCCUUCAUACUCAUGGGAGGGCUUAACCAGAUCGCGCCGUUGAUAUCGAACUUCUUCCUCGCUGCGUACGCGCUCAUCAACUUCUCAACGUUCCACGCGAGCUUGGCCAAGCCGGUCGGGUGGAGACCUACCUUCAGGUUCUACAACAUGUGGUUGUCGCUGCUGGGUUCUAUGCUGUGCGUGGCGAUCAUGUUCGUGAUCUCGUGGUCCACCGCGCUCGUCACCUUCGCGGCCCUACUGGCUCUCUACCUGCUCGUGUCUUAUCGGAAACCAGAUGUGAACUGGGGUUCAACGACUCAAGCGCAGACUUAUAAGACUGCGCUGUCAGGGGUCUACUUGCUCAACGCUGUCACUGAACAUGUUAAGAACUAUAGGCCACAGAUCUUGGUGCUGACAGGGUUUCCAGGAGAGCGGCCCAUACUGACCGACUUCACGUACCUGCUCACUAAGGGACACUCACUUAUGCUUUGCGGGCAUAUAAUGCAGGGCGCUGUGAGCCACCGCGGCCGUGAGGCGCUGUGCAGUCGCGCCUACCACUGGUUCAGCCGCCGCAAGAUCAAGGCCUUCUACACCAUCGUCGAUGAUGUCGGCUUCAAGGACGGAGCCAGUGCCUUAGUGCAGGCAAGUGGUAUAGGAAAGCUGAAACCAAAUAUUCUACUGAUGGGAUUCAAAGAGAACUGGCAGACGUGCGAACAAAACGAAAUCAUUGACUAUGUUGAGGUUAUGCACAAAGCGCUGGACAUGCACAUGGCCAUAGCCUUGCUCCACGUGGAGGGGGGACAGUACACCAGCGAAGCGCUUGACGACGAUCUGUUGGCAUAUCUGACAGAUAUUAAUAUAAAGGACCUAUCCACUUUUUCACGUUCUAAAGGGGAUAACAAGGAAUCGAAAUCGAACGAGAGUCUCAACAUGCACUCUAGAGGCAGCAGUAUGUCAGAUGUAUCGAUGGGCUCGCCACAGUUGAAUCGCGCGGUCGUUACCGACCCGGCUGCAAAAACCAAGACUAAGGAACCAUCACAGAAGUCUACGGAAAAAGAAAGCGGCGGCGUGAUGGCGCGGCUGCGGGCGGGCGGCGCGGUGGGGGGCGCGGUGGGGGGGGCGGUGCGGCGCGCGCUGGGCGCGGGCUCGGUGCGGCGCGCCUCGUCGCUCACGUCGGCCGAGCUCUUCACGCGCCGCCAGGCCGGCACCGUCGACGUGUGGUGGCUCUACGACGACGGAGGUUUAACCCUUCUACUGCCGUACAUACUGUCUACACGCCGCGCGUGGUCAUCAUGUCCGUUACGCGUUUUCACACUGGCCAACAAGAACACAGAACUUGAAUUAGAAGAGAGGAACAUGGCAUCUCUACUAUCUAAGUUCAGAAUAGACUACUCCGCAUUGAAGAUGGUGCCGGACAUCACGCGAAGACCGAAGGAUUCCACGCUCGCAUACUUCGACAAACUUAUCCAACCAUUCCGAAGCCCCGAUGAUAACGACUCGGACGGCGGAAUCACAGAAGCAGACCUGAUAGCUGCUCAAGAUCGAACCUACCGUCACCUACGCCUGCGGGAGCUCAUAUCCGCACAAUCUCGAGGAGCCAGACUUGUCUGUGUAACAUUACCAAUGCCGAGACGAAGGGGAAUCGUGCCCCCUCCCUUGUACCAGGCCUGGUUGCACGCCAUAGCCACUGCUGCUGAUAGAACACUCCUCGUCAGGGGGAACCAUGCUGCUGUGCUUACCUUCUACUCUUAG